AUGUUUGGUUUAUUCACGGAUUGUUUAACACUCUUAAAUAUCCAAGGUAUAAGAAGACGGAUCCUGAUCGCAGCAAGGAGGGCCAACUGAGCUCCUAAAUAUUUUUAAUUAUACAUAUUCGUGGAUUAUAUAUAUUAAUAUUGACCCGUCUUAAGUUCGGAUCAGGAUCCACCACUGUAUUAAACAAGAGUAUUGGCUUAUUUGAAAAAAAGCCUUGCUCUUUGGAAUGAUGAAGUUAAGUUAUGCUCUCAUCAUCAUAUGCUUUCUGUGCCUAGUCAUUUGAAGUCCCACUAAAACAUCCUCAUCUCAAAUAUCAACAGAAGGUCAGCUUCUUAUUUUUGGUAUAGUACUUCAUUUGAUUUUAAUCUUUUCCUUGUCUAAUGCACUUAAUGAGAUUUCAUGUCUGUGAACAUCGCAUAAACUGCGCAAACUUUCUUGAUCAUAUGACAAGGGAAAGUUCAUACUCCAACUACAUGUACCGAAGAAUUUUGGCCGAGGAUGAUGUCAUGCAUUACCCUGCAACAAACUGGAACAUGCCUCUUUUUAUCUUCUUUAAAGAUGUGAGUCUUUUAUUUAAGAUGGAUGCACUUGGCUCAGAGAUACUAAGCAUUGCAGUCCCAGCAGCCUUGGCAUUAGCUGCUGAUCCUGUUGCUUCCCUAAUCGACACUGCCUUUAUUGGCCGUUUAGGCGCGGUGGAGAUUGCUGCUGUUGGAGUAUCUAUUGCAAUUUUCAAUCAAGCAUCAAAAGUUACUAUAUUUCCUCUUGUUAGUAUAACAACUUCUUAUGUAGCAGAGGAAGAUACUGCUGGAAGAUUAGGGAAGGAAGUGCAGAAGGACGAAGAAAUGUUGGAAGUGAAGUCAGAAAAUGUCAUCCUUGACAGCUUGGAAAAGGGUGCUGUAGCUUUGAAGGGUGAAAUUAAAGAGGAUGAGGCAGACAAUGAAACUCAUUCAGUUUCAACAUCAUCAGCAUUUGAAACAAUUGCAACUAAGUCCACGAGUGUGGACUGUAGUCAUUCAGACAAAGCUCAAACUAAAACUAGACAGGAAACCAUAAAUUUAACAACCAAUGCAGUGGUAACGCGAGCUAUUACAAGAGAAAAGAGACAUAUUCCUUCAGCAUCCACAGCAUUGAUUAUGGGAGCUGUACUUGGCAUCCUCCAAAGCAUAUUUCUUAUAUUUCUAGCUAAACCAUUACUGCGAAUAAUGGGGGUCAGAUCAGAUUCACCUAUGAUAGAGCUGGCUGAAAGUUAUUUGAAACUUAGAUCGCUGGGGGCUCCAGCAGUUCUUCUCUCUUUAGCCAUGCAAGGAAUCUUUCGAGGCUUUAAAGAUACUACAACUCCCCUUUAUGCAACAGUUGCAGGAGAUCUAGCAAAUGUGGUUUUGGACCCCAUACUUAUCUUUGGUUGCCAUAUGGGAGUUCGUGGUGCAGCAAUUGCUCAUGUGCUGUCCCAGUACUUAAUCUUAGUUAUUCUUUUCUGUAAAUUGGUGAAACAAGUUCACCUCUUACCCUCAAGCAUUAAGAGUUUGCAGUUCAGUCGGUUUCUUAAAAAUGGAUUUUAUUUAUUGGGAAGGGUGAUUGCUGCAACAUCUUGUGUCACUUUAGCAGCAUCAUUAGCUUCAAGAUUAGGUUCAACUCCUAUGGCAGCUUUCCAAAUCUGCUUACAGGUUUGGAUGACAUCCUCCCUUCUUGCUGAUGGCUUGGCUGUUGCAGGACAGGCUAUCAUUGCUUGUGCAUUUACUGAGAAGGACUAUAAGAAGGCAGCCUCUGCUGCAUCUCGAGUACUACAGAUGGCAUUUGUACUCGGUCUGGGUCUGUCUCUCGUCGUAGGAAUUGGGUUGCAAUAUGGAGCACUAGUCUUUACUGGUGACAAACAUGUUCUUCAUCUCAUAACUAUAGGCAUCCCAUUUGUUGCAGCAACACAGCCAAUUAAUUCUUUAGCAUUUGUUUUUGAUGGUGUUAACUAUGGAGUAUCUGAUUUUGCUUAUUCUGCAUACUCUAUGGUUCUAGUAGCUAUAGUAAGUAUUGCUUCUCUGUUCCUCCUGUCUAAAAGCAAUGGCUUUGCUGGAAUUUGGCUUGCCUUGACUAUUUUCAUGAGUCUACGGGCUUUAGCCGGUGUCUGGAGAAUGGGGUCUGGAACUGGACCCUGGCGCUUUCUCAGGGACCUCUGCUAAUUUUAAGAUUGUAAAAGUCUCAAUUUCUGAUAAAUUUCCAGGAAAUUCUCUUUGCUUUCUCCACUACUGAUUUUGUUUUGGAAGUCUGAGAUGUAAUACUGAAUUUAUUUCAUCUAUAGACCUCCUGCAUUAGUAGAGUCUGCAGUAGAUCGCGAUAUUUGCAUAUUGCUCUAAUCUUUGUACAUCUGAACAGACAGUAUAUUACAGUGAUCUGCCAGUUUGAUCUUUUA